AACUCCAUUUCUAUUCGACCUUCUUUUCUCUUCUCAGUUAAAGCUUCGUGUAAAGUGCGGCAGCCAAAGUUGCGCUUUCCCUUUAAAAUAUGGAGUAGUGUCUUCAAAGGCAAAAAUUCUCAAAAUUGAGAGCCAAACGACAAAAGUCCUUUGUUUAUUCUCCCUAAAAAUCGAUUCUUGAACCAUCCUUCCAUUUAUUUCGCGCGAGAUAGAGAGGAAAGAAAAAAUGGGUGCUUUUCUGUUCAUUUUCUGGUUUUGAAAGGGGCCGAAAAAUCAUUGCUUUUUGCUCUUUAUCUCUCUCUCUUGAUUGUACAAUGUUGUUACAGAAGCUGCAUUUGUCAGCAUUCUUGGUACUACUACUAAAUUUUUGUCUGCGCGUUUUAUCCUUAAACCCCGAUGGCCUGUCUCUUCUCUCUCUAAAAUCCGCCGCCUCCGCCGCCGCAUUAUUUUCCGAUUGGAACGAGAACGAUGCCACGCCGUGCCGCUGGACGGGAAUCACGUGCGCAAACGUCUCCGCCUCGGACGAUCCGCGCGUGGUCGGAAUUUCCCUCGCCGGAAAGAAUUUCCGGGCCUACAUUCCGUCGGAGCUCGGCAGCUUGAAUUAUCUCCGGCGCCUCAAUUUGCACGGCAACAAUUUCAACGGCGCAAUUCCUGAUCAAUUGUUCAAUGCCUCCUCUCUCCACAGCAUUUUCCUCUAUGGGAAUAAUCUCUCCGGCUCUUUGCCUCCCUCUAUAUGCAGCAUCCCUCGUUUGCGGAUUCUUGAUUUUUCGAAUAAUUCGCUUUCCGGGCAGCUGCCGAAGUUCUUGCAGAACUGCCGGCAGCUGCGGCGGUUGAUUCUUGCAAAAAACAGGUUUUCCGGCGAGAUUCCGGUGGGGAUUUUUCCGGAGCUGGCUAACCUCGAGCAGCUUGAUUUAUCCGGGAAUGAGUUCAAUGGCUCGAUUCCGGAUGAUAUGGGAGAGUUGAAGUCUUUGUCUGGGACAUUGAAUUUGUCUUACAAUCAUUUUGGAGGGAAAAUUCCCAAUGGUUUGGGUAAUUUGCCAUUGACAGUGAGCUUUGAUCUUAGAGGAAAUGAUCUGAGUGGUGAGAUUCCUCAAACGGGGUCGUUUUCAAAUCAAGGGCCAACUGCAUUCUUGGAUAAUCCUAGUUUGUGUGGCUUCCCUCUGCAGAGGUCUUGCAAGAAUAGUACUAGUUCGGAUAGUGUUGAGUAUGGUUUGGUGGGUAACGACGGGGUUGGGGGGCGAAAGGGGCUGAGGCCAGGGAUGAUCAUACUGAUAUCGGUGGCUGAUGCAGUGGGAGUGGCGGUUGUGGGUUUGGUUGUGGUUUAUGUGUAUUGGAAGAGGAAGGAUUCUCGUGGUUGUAGUUGCACCGGGAAAGGGAAGCUCGGGGGAGAUGAGCACGCUGGGUGUUGUGCUUUUCCUUGCAUUGUAUUUGGGGGUUUCCCUAGUAAUGACUCAGAGGUGGAGUCGGAAAAGGGCAGUGGCAGUGGUGGAGAGGGUGAUCUUGUGGCCAUUGACAAAGGGUUUAACUUUGAGUUGGAUGAGCUUUUGAGGGCAUCAGCUUAUGUGUUGGGUAAGAGUGGUUUGGGGAUAGUGUACAAGGUUGUGCUUGGGAAUGGAGUGCCGGUGGCGGUUAGGAGGUUGGGGGAAGGAGGCGAGCAACGGUAUAAGGAGUUUGUGGCGGAGGUGCAGGCGAUUGGGAGGGUGAAGCAUCCGAAUGUGGUGAAAUUGAGGGCGUAUUAUUGGGCACCCGAAGAGAAGCUUCUCAUCAGCGAUUUCAUCUCGAAUGGUAGCUUGGCUUCUGCUCUUCGCGGGAAGGCAGGGCAGCAGUUGUCCUCAUUAUCAUGGUCGAUCCGACUGAAAAUCGCGAAGGGGGCAGCACGUGGUCUUGCCUAUCUCCACGAAUGCACCCCGAGGAAAUUUGUCCACGCGGAUGUGAAGCCAUCAAACAUCCUCCUAGACAACAACUACCAGCCUUACAUAUCUGAUUUUGGCCUCAACCGACUCAUCACCAUCACCGGGAACAACCCCUCCUCCUCCGGUGGCUUCAUCGGAAGCGCCCUUCCUUAUCUCAAACCCCCCCAACUAGAAAAGGUCAACAACUACCGUUCACCGGAGGCCCGGAUCCCUGGUGCCCGUCCUACACAAAAAUGGGAUGUCUACUCAUUCGGAGUAGUGCUAAUUGAGCUACUUACUGGGAAGUCUCCGGAGAUCUCUCCGACUAGCUUGGCCUCUAUGGAUAUUCUAGACAUAGUAAAAUGGGUGAGAAAGGGGUUCGACGAGGAGAGCCCGUUGUCGGACAUGGUGGACCCUUUGUUGCUCCAAGAGGUACAAGCCAAGAAGGAAGUGCUCGGAGCGUUCCAUGUAGCCCUAGCAUGCACAGAGGGCAACCCGGAUGCCCGGCCACAGAUGAAAACCGUGUCAGAAAAUCUCGAGAAGAUCAGAGCAUAAGAGGCUAGCAUUUCUGUUUCUUGAACGUGUUAUGUCUGAAGACAACGAAGAAGAGUUUUGUAAUGGCUAUCGACCACUUACUAAAUGUACAUCACUAACAUUUGCUGUAUUGUCUAAUUAUUAUUCUUGCUUUCAAGUUUCAA